AUGAGCACACUUAAUGAAGUUAUUCGCACUUUCAGUUUGUUGAUGGCGGACAUUACACAAUCUGAGAAGCUUAGACUACGAGUCUUCCCCGUUGACUUAACUGCACUCACAAAGUUUUAUCGAGCUGAAUAUAUAACGUUAUACAAGCUAUUCCAGCGCAAGGGAUACGAGGUUGGCAUUGUGGGCCUUGCGGUUUGCGACGCAAUUUUGGGCACUCAGCCCGAUUACGUGGAGUUUGUAACCUCAGCUACACCUGAUCAGCUGCGCACCAUGUUCCAACCCGACGACAUUCCGGGAUUAGAAGUAGUCAAAGAAACAAACGGAACAUUCACAAUCACCAUGAAUAAAAAGCUCGAAGGCCUGAGUACUACUAUCCGGAUAAAAACCGCACCUGUCACCAAAGAUUGGGAAUUUCAUGCAGCGCACAAGGAGUUCACAGUCAACUCGAUGCUUCUCAAAGUGCAUCCAGGAUCGUUUCCUUGCGGUCUCGGUAUUUCUGUGUGCUUUGGUCAACAGCCUAUCCCGUUUCGUGUCAAAGGAUACGUUUUUGAUUAUCAUGAUGGAGUUAAGGAUGUGCGGCACAGACGGAUUCGAUUCGUUGGCAAUCCGACCGCUCGCAUAAGUGAAGAUCCUCUAAGGAUUCUCAAAUACUUUCGCAUACAUGGAUAUCUAGCUACGCUGGAUCAACCUGACCUUCACGACCGCACGACAUUGAAGGCGAUAUUCGAAAAUGUGCAUACCCUCGCCAGGGUUGACGGCCAUUGUUGUUGGUUGGAACUGCAGAAAAUUAUGUGCUACAAUUCGACGCCAUCGCUGGUGCGUCGGAUGUUUGAUACCGGUGUGUUUCCUCACGUGGGACUUCAUGGAAUACCCGCUUUCUUAGAAAUGGAUUCCGCCUGGCAAAAGGGCAUUUUGAGUCGUAAUCCAUGGCCCGUCACUUGCCUGGCCACAAUUGUGUACAAUGAAGAGCAGGCUGUUGAACUACAUGAGCGUCUCGGCUUUUCAACUAUAGAUCGGAAAAUACUUUCAUACAUCAUUGAAAAUCGUAAAAAAUGCGCAACACUUUCAAAGCCGGAGAUAAAGCAACAUUUUCGACGUGAACUCCUGAUUUCCACUGAGAUAUUUCAUGGCAGACGAAUUGUGUUGAUGGAAAUGAUGAAAUACUUGGUCUACGACGUUUUACUACUCUUCUAUCUGAAGGGAUUGAGAAUCCCCAAGUGUCCUGUCACAAAGAAGGACGUACGCAGAACCUGGUCAGUGAAGUAUGGUCUAGCUGGUAUCUAUUUACGGAUUUUGCGUCAGCAAUGGGUGGACAGUGAUUGCACUUGGAAAAGAUGCAGAUUGCUUUCGAAGGAGAACAGAGCAAUCGUGGAAGACUUGGCAUUAGAGAGUUCCUCAAUAAAUAAUGGAGAAACCCAGAUGUGA